AUGCCAGGGGACCGCACGCUCCGGCUGCAGCACGGGAAUCGCAUCGAGGCCCUGUGUGUGCCAGGGACCCACAUUGCUGCUGACAUCUAUGGGGCGGCACCGGCUGGGACUGUGUCCUUCAGUGUGAAGCACACAGAGGGGGUGAACGUGGAAGUGGUGUCCCAGGGCCAAGCAGAGGUUGGGGCAGCCCCUGGAACUGGGACACGGUGGCCACUCAAAGAGGGGACAGUCCUGAGGUUCAGCAUGAACAGGGCCAGCACCGAGGUCAAUGAUAACAAGGUCACUGUCAGCUUUUAUGCAGAGGGAGGGCAGCCCAUCAGCCAAGCUGGAGUCUUUCUCACCGGCGUCGGGAUCUCUCUGGACGUUGACACGGAUCGGGAUGGAGUGGUGGAGAAGAACAACCCCAACAAGGCCAGCUGGACCUGGGGUCCUGAGGGACACGGGGCCAUCCUCCUCGUCAGCUGCAACAAGGAAAGCCCCUUCACUCUGCCAUCAGAUGGCAACGACGAAAGGGUAUUCAGCAAAGAAGAUCUGCUGGACAUGGCACGGAUGGUCCUGAGGACUGAAGGGCCCCAACGCCUGCCCCGGGGCUAUGAAAUUGUUCUCUAUGUUCCUGUCACAGAUGCUGACAAAGUUGGGGUCUUCCAGGUGCAGAACCCCUUCUUUGGGCAGCGUUACGUGCAGGUGCUGGGCCAGGGGAAGCUGUGCCACACUGUGCAGUUCACUGGUGGGGCUGCUGAGAUGGAAUUCUUCGUCGAAGGGCUCCGCUUUCCCGAUGACACCUUCUCUGGGCUGGUCUCCAUCCAUGUCACCCUCCUGGAGACCCUGGCUGAGGGUAUCCCCCAUACCCCAGUCUUCACUGACACAGUAGUGUUCAGGGUGGCCCCCUGGAUCAUGACCCCCAACACUCUGGCCCCAGUGACUGUCUUCGUCUGCAGCCUGAAGGACAACUACCUCUUCAUGAAGGAGAUUAAGAACCUGGUGAACAAGGCUGGCUGUGAGCUGAAGGUUUGCUUUGGCUACUCCGGCCGUGGAGGCCGCUGGAUACAGGAUGAGAUUGAGUUUGGCUACAUCCAUGCUCCUCACAAAAGCUUCCCAGUGGUGCUGGAUUCCCCUCAAGAUGGAGGGCUGGAGAAAUUAGCCAUCAAGGAGUUGCUGGGCCCUGAUUUUGGCUACGUGAGCAGAGAGCCCCUCUUUGAAGCCAUCACCACCCUUGACUCCUUUGGCAACCUGGAGGUCAGCCCCCCUGUGACCGUGGAGGGGAAGGAGUAUCCCUUGGGGAGAAUCCUCAUCGGCAGCAGCUUCCCCACGUCUGCAGGGAGGAGGAUGACCAGGCUGGUGAGGGAUUUCCUCUUCGCCCAGCAAGUGCAGGCUCCUGUGGAGCUCUACUCUGACUGGCUGUCCCUGGGCCACGUCAACGAGUUCAUCACUUUUGUGCCCACCUGUGACACCAAGGGAUUCCGGAUGCUGCUGGCCAGCCCCGUGGCAUGUUACAGUCUCUUCCGGGAGAAGCAGAAGGAGGGACAGGGAGAAGCCACCAUGUUCAAAGGCAAGGGGACAGCAGACACCAAACGGGUCACCAUUAACAAGGUCCUUUCCAAUGAUAUCCUGGCCCAGCAGAACCAGUAUGUCCAGCGCUGCAUCGACUGGAACAGGGACAUCCUGAAGAAGGAGCUGGGGCUGACUGAGGAGGACAUCAUCGACCUGCCUGCCCUCUUCAAGCUCGACAAGCAGGGCAAAGCUGUGCCAUACUUCCCCAACAUGGUCACCAUGAUCGUCCUGGCUAACAACCUGGGCAUCCCCAAACCCUUCGGCCCCGUCCUGGGGGGUGAGUGCUGCUUGGAGCUCCGGGUUCGCAGCCUCCUGGAGCCGCUGGGGCUUUGCUGCCGGUUCCUGGAGGACGUGGUGUGCUACCAUGACAGGCUGGGGGAGGUGCGCUGCGGCAUCAACGUCCAGAGAGGACCCUUCCCCUUCAACUGGUGGCACCUGACGCCAUAG